AUGCAGAGCUUAUUUCGCAGGCUGACGGUGGUGGCACGCCAACCCAACCUCUCCUUCAAUUCUCACCGCAUCUCUCACACUCAUCCUCAACCUUCCAAUCUAGGGCAUCCCAUUCCCUCUUCCUCCGGCAUUCAUCAUUUUCACUCAUGGCGCUCCUCUCUCUCCCAACCAAUGGCCGUCCAACAGUUCUCGUUCCUCUCGCGCAACUAUCUCUCCGCUUUAUUCUCCAAAAGCCUCCUUGUUCGUACUCUUCCCAGAGUUCAUUUUCAUCGGCAGAACUUCACUUUCAACCAAAACUAUAACUCUUACCGCCGUACUUGGAGAUCGUGGUUUAACAGGCUAACACCAAAUGAUGUGGUUCUGGGCUUGAUUGUAUCUAAUGUUGCUGUUUAUUUAUUUUGGAGGAUAGCAAGUGAAAAGUUUAUGCUAAAUAACUUUACUAUCUCCUUGGACAAUAUUAAGAGUGGACGCUUCCACACUUUGAUCACCAAUGCAUUCAGUCACGCAGAUACCUGGCAUUUAAUAUACAACAUGAUUGGACUCUACUUCUUUGGAGCGAAUAUUGCAAGUCAAUUUGGACCUGAAUUUCUGCUGAAGCUAUAUCUUGCUGGCGCAAUAGGUGGUUCUAUUUUCUAUCUGGUGCAUCAAGCUUACAAGGCUCAAACUUCAAAGCAGGACUGGAGAGCUAUCAACUCUUCAAGGGAAUUUGCGUUGGGAGCAAGUGGAGCUGUGAAUGCAGUUAUACUGCUGGACAUAUUCCUCAAUCCAAGAGCAACUUUAUACUUGAACUUUUUUAUACCAGUUCCUGCGGCGUUGCUGGGUAUCUUUUUGAUCGGGAAAGAUUUGCUGAAUAUAAUUGAGGGAGACAAUACAAUAUCAGGAUCCGCACAUUUGGGGGGUAUUGCAGUUGCAGCCAUAGCAUGGGCACGAAUUCGGAAAGGAAGAUUCUAA